AUGUCCGAGGGCAGCUUGAGGAAAAGAAACGGUGCAGGGACGAAGUCGGACGCCACGAAAGGCAAGAGUGCGGGCAACCCUACGGAUGCGAAGCAGUCGGUGGGCCAGGAGGCGACGUCAGGGGGCUCCUCGACGAUAGUCUACUUCGUCGUUUUGCUCGUCUCUGCGACGUUCGGUGCGCUGGUGUACAAGGACCCGUCAAUAGUGAAAGGCCCUCUGUACGAGUUCCUUGGGUUCGAGGAGGACCCCUUUUCGCCGCCGACACCCCAGGGUUUCGCCGCGGACCUCCUGAAGAGGGACGCGGUCCGCGACGCGUUCAAGCAUGCAUGGCUAGCGUACGAACGCGACGCGAUGGGCUGGGACGAGUACCACCCGAUCAGCCACAAGGGCACGAACCUGACCGAGGCGGGCGGGAUCGGCUACACCGUCAUCGACUCGAUCGACACCAUGCUCAUCAUGGGCCUCGACGAGGAGUACCAGCGUGCGCGGAAGUGGGUGGAGGAGAAGAUGGACUUCGACCGGGACGGGAACUUCAACACGUUCGAGACGACAAUUCGCGUACUCGGUGGACUGUUGUCAGCGUACGCGCUGACGAAGGACAAGCUUUAUGUUGACAAGGCGGUCGACCUGGCGGACCGCAUCCUACCCGCGUUCGACACGCCUGCGGGGCUGCCUCUAUCGAGCGUCAACCUCGCACAGCGAAAGGGAAUAUCAUCGGCAGACAACAACGGGCUGGUCAGCACGGCUGAAAUCUCGACGUUGCAGCUCGAGUUCAGGUACCUCAGUUAUUUGACGGAGAACGAGGAGUACUGGGACGCUGUGGAGAAGGUAAUGGCGACCAUCAAGAAAUCUAGCUUGACCAACGGUCUUGCAUCGAUAUUUAUGAACCCUGAAGACGGCCGAUUCGUGUUGUCGGCGAUCCGGCUAGGGUCUCGUGGGGACUCAUACUACGAAUACCUGCUAAAACAAUACCUUCAGACUAACAUGACUGAGCCUGUGUACCAAGACAUGUACAAUUUCGCUAUGGAUGCUGUCCAUGCCCACCUGAUUUCCAAGAGUCAAUUUACAAAGAUGACCUACACCUCCGAGCUCGUCCCUGAGCGCGAUCGUAUGGGCCAGAUCUCCUGGCGCCUCACCCCCAAGCAAGACCACCUCGUCUGCUUCUUCGGGGGCUCGCUCAUGCUCGGCGCGACCACGUCCGGCGCGCAGGUGCACCCGGUGUCCGUCCCCCCACUCCCGAAGGAGCUCACCAAGACCGGGAAGCGCGACUGGGAGGUCGGCGAGGAGCUGAUCGAGACGUGCAUGCGCACGCACGAGACCGCGACCGGGCUCUCACCCGAGAUCGCGCACUUUCGGAUCCCGAGCGACGGCCUCGUCGGCUCAUCGAUCUCGCAGGACUGGUACAUCAAGGGCGCCGCGCUGGGGCAGCCGGCGCCAUAUGACGCGCGGUACAUCCUCCGACCGGAGACGGUCGAGUCGCUGUUCAUCGCCUACCGGCUCACUGGCGAUGCGAAGUACCGCCGGUACGGCUGGGACAUCUUCCAGGCGAUCGAGAAACACUGCAGGAUCGAGACGGGCGGGUACGCGAGCGUCAUCAACGUCGACGCGCUCCCGGUCGAGCACGAGGACAAGAUGGAGACGUUCCUCAUGAGCGAGACGCUUAAGUACCUAUACCUGCUGUUCGAGGACGACUCGGUGAUCCCACUGUCUGAGUACGUGUUUAACACCGAGGCGCACCCCGUGCCGAUCAUCAACCCGCACCGGAGGGCGAGCUUCUCAUGA